CUCUCCAGCCGCGCGCGCACGCCCCCGGCCUCACUCGGUCGUGCUGCGGGAAGGGGACGGGCCUGCUGCCGCCUGCUUCGCCAUGGCUCGCGGUCCCAAGAAGCACCUGAAGCGUGUGGCCGCUCCGCGCCACUGGAUGCUGGACAAGCUGACCGGCGUGUUCGCGCCCCGCCCGUCCGCCGGGCCGCACCGCCUGCGCGAGUGCCUGCCGCUCGCCAUCUUCCUGCGGAACAGACUCAAGUACGCCCUGACGGGCGACGAGGUGAAGAAGAUCUGCAUGCAGCGCCUCAUCAAGGUGGACGGCAAGGUCAGAACCGACGUGGCCUACCCGGCGGGCUUCAUGGAUGUCAUCAGCAUCGACAAGAGCGGCGAGAACUUCCGCCUGGUCUACGACACCAAGGGCCGCUUCGCGGUGCACCGCAUCACGCCGGAGGAGGCCAAGUACAAGCUGUGCAAGGUGCGCCAGGUGUUCGUGGGCACCAAGGGCAUCCCGCACCUCGUGACGCACGACGCCCGGACCAUCCGCUACCCGGACCCGCUCAUCAAGGUCAACGACACCGUACAGAUCUCGCUGGCCACCGGCAAGAUCACCGACACCAUCAAGUUCGACACCGGCAACCUGUGCAUGGUGACGGGAGGCGCCAACCUGGGGCGCGUCGGCGUCAUCACCAACCGCGAGCGCCACCCCGGCUCCUUCGAUGUGGUGCACGUGAAAGAUGCCAAUGGCAACGGUUUCGCCACGCGCCUCGCCAACAUCUUCGUGAUCGGCAAAGGCAACAAGCCGUGGAUCUCCCUGCCCCGGGGGAAAGGCAUCCGGCUCACCAUCGCCGAGGAGAGAGACAAGAGGCUGGCGGCCAAGCAGAGCGCGUGAAGGGACCCUGAGGGACGCUGGGGGCCUUUGUUUGUUUACACUUCAAGUAGAGCAGUAUGUUGAAUUAAAAGGAAGCACGCUUCA